GGCGGGGCAUCAAAAGCUGGCGGGCAGAUUCGAUACUAUAUAGUUAUAAGAGCAUGUAUGUUCCUCCUUCGCUGACUCGUGGUAGAGGACGGCUAGCUAAGCUAACGACUCGAGUGAGGUGGAGGCCGAGCAUACACAGCGGCGGGCCUCCGGCGAGAGCUGUUCACGAAGCCUGGGUUUAUCGCACUGUAGAGCGGCCUCUAUCAUGUAGCACAUCCUUGGGCUCAAUUUGCGGACGCGGCCGGGCUGAGAGUAAUGGAAGAGAUGGAGGUGGACGAACAACCAGGAGGCAUCACCACCGCUUCAGGGCUGGAGGAGCCCACUGUCAUCUCCGACUCUGGGAGCAGCACCGAGGUGGAGGAAGAGGAUGAUGAUGGAGAGCCAGCAUUCCUUAAUCCAAGUUCUUCCUUGAACUUGGCGGCUUUGCGAAGCAGAGUGGAAGGCGGUGUCGCAGGCUCGCCUCAGUCCUUCACUCAGAACAGUGGGCUGCGGCAAACCAGGUUAGAUGCACAUCUCAACCAUACCCCCCAUGACCAAUUUCUGAACACAAUAGUGCAUGAACUGUUCAGUGGUGUAGCUCAGUCUGGAUUUAGUGUCACUGAGGAGGAGGAGGUGCAGGAGACAGAAGCCCAAGUCAGUCCUCUCGUCCCUGCUGUUCUUUCCGAUUCCAGUCAGAACGUCAGCGCUUCGGUGCUCCCAGCACCUCUACAGAAUCCUGCUGCUUCAGGUCCCCUGGUUGCCACGGAGAUGGCACCUGUAGCUGAAGUACAGCUUGAGCUUACAUUAGCAUCAGCAGCUCCCCCUGCAGGCAAGGAAGAUGAUGGUGGUGAUGGUGAUGGAGAGAGCUGCUCAAUAUGCUUUGAACCCUGGACCACAGCUGGCGGGCACCGACUGUCUGCCCUGCGCUGCGGCCACCUCUUUGGCUUCACCUGUAUUGAUCGCUGGCUGAGGGGCCAGAAUGCCAAGUGUCCCCAGUGCAACAAGAAGGCCAAGCGCACUGAUAUCGUCCUGCUGUAUGCGCGAAAGCUGCGGGCACUCGACAACAGUGAGCAGGAGGGCAUGAAGAGGUCCCUGGAACAGGAGCAGUCAUUGCGCAGGAAGGCUGAGCUGGAGUCUGCGCAGUGCCGCCUGCAGCUGCAAGUUCUGACAGAUGAGUGCCAGAAGCUGCGCAGACAGCUGCAGGAGCUAAAGUCACUGAUGGCUCAGCCAGGCUGCAGCCCUUCCCAGGCCUCGCAGUCUUCCCUGACAGCACUGUCCCAGCGGCCAGACACAGGAACCGGGGUCCAGGGUGGGGGUCACUAUACCUUUGCCAAGGCAGUGCUGGUGUCCCAGGCGGGUGGCUGCCGGGUGCUGUCCUACUGUGAUCCCCUCAGCUGCCUUCUGGCCUCUCAACCCUCCCCACAGGCCACCCUGGUGCCAGGCUGCGGGGUGAAGAAAGUCAGUGCCAUCAACCUGAAGGCCUGCCAGUAUGUUCCCAUCCAUGCCAAGCAGAUCCGAGGCCUGGCCUUCAGCCAGCAGGCAGACAGCCUCCUGCUCUCAGCAGCGUUGGACAACACCAUAAAACUCACCAGCUUGCUCACCAACACGGUGGUACAGACAUACAACGCUGGCCGGCCGGUCUGGAGCUGCUGCUGGUGCCUGGACAAUAACAACUACGUGUAUGCAGGCCUGAGCAAUGGCUCUGUGCUGGUGUAUGACACAAGGGACACCAGUACCCAUGUACAAGAACUCUCCCCGCUGGGUUCGAGGUGUCCAGUUGCUUCCCUGUCGUAUGUCCCCCGGGCGGCUUCCAGCUCCUUCCCAUGCGGUGGCCUUAUUGCUGGUUCCCUGGAGGGAGGCUGCUUCUGGGAGCAGGUAGAUGGGACUACCUACAAGCCACAUGUGCUGCCACUGGAAACUGGAGGUUGCACUGACAUCCAGGUGGAGCCUGACAGCCGCCACUGCCUGGUUACCUACCGGCCAGGACGGUCCAACCCUUCCCUACGCUGCGUUCUGAUGGAACUAAACCGGACCCCACUGCGUGACGCAGGUCAGGAGCCAGUUUGCUCCUGCUCCCCAGUGCAGAUGUUCACUGCCGGCUCCUCCUGCAAACUGCUCACCAAGAACGCCGUGUUUCGAAACCCGGCACGGGAUGGCUCCAUGCUAGUGUGCGCUGGGGACGAGGCCUCCAGCUCCACCAUGGUGUGGGAUGCAGGAACUGGGGCCCUGAUCCAAAAGCUACCAGCUGACAUGCCGGUGCUGGACAUCUGUCCCUUUGAGGUGAACCAAAACUACUACCUGGCUUCCCUGACGGAAAAGAUGCUGAAAAUAUACAAGUGGGAGUGAUCUUGCGUCUGCAGUGAUAAGGUGAUGCGGGAGGCUUGGACUCACUGGCCCUCAUCUUAGGGCCUCUGUGGGCACAACAGGGUUGACCACAUGAUGGACAUUAAAGGGUCGUCAUACCCUUCCCUGUUGGGGGAUGGUGGUGAAGAAGUGGGGUGGAGUUUAACCUUUUCGCCAAAAACAGCACAUGAUUCCAAGCAGCGUGUGCUUUUCCACCUUCCACAAACCUCAUUAGCUGGCAGCCUGUGGGACUUCCUCAGCUUAAACUGUGCAGAUGUCAAGGCGGAUGUAUAAAUCAUGGCAAGUGUGCAGCCAUCCAUCUUCCUUUUCCCACGUCGGCUUUGCAGUGAUGCUGACUGCUGUUUCACACGCAGGCUAAUGCCAGGAGACGUACUCAGCCUGCUGCCUAAUUUGAUGCUGCUUUCCUCCUGUUAACAAGUGAUAGGAAGAGAAGCUGGACUUGCUGCAUCUGUGAAGGAACAGAGUUAGUGUUGAAUUUGUGCUAAUGUAGUCUUCAAAUGUUUCUCAGUUUUUGCUCAUGAUGGUCAUAAACAAGCCAAUUCAACCUAUGUGCUUUACAGGUUGCAGUCAAACCUUAGAUAUGUGUGAGACAUUUUUUUUUGGAAAAGAGACCCUUGCAGGCUAACUCUAAAAAUUGUUUGUAUAACGGCACUCUUUUAAUUACAAGGUUAAUAAUUUACUUGCUUUUUCCUGUCCUUUACAAACCAUACAGCAGAGACCAAUAUAUCCACUUUAACUUCAGAAUUUCUAUAGGUUUAUAUUUGCACUGUACCUGUACUUUUCUAAGGUAAAACACAAUGAGGUUAAAUAUGAAAAGGAAAAAAAAAAACCUGACAUUUAAAUGAAUUUCCCAUCUUUUGGUGGAACAGCUGGAAUUCUAAUUUAAUCAAGAAUGAAACACUUCAGAGAUGUGAUUGGUGAGCUGAUUGAUGAAUAUUAUUGGAAAAUACAAGCAUUUCCAAUACAGUUGCCAAUGAAGAAAUGUAACCAAAUGUUGAAUGUUGUGGCCUAGUGGAGUUUGGUGAGAUGCCUUUUUUGGGUAACAUUUACUGUGAUUUAAUAAAGAAACUGAUUUCUAAGGAUUUCCUCUGCUAGGUGUCCUUGUAAGCCACAUGGUAGGCAUCUUGACACACUUGUCUUGGUGGAGGAGGUGGGUAAUACCCGCUGGCAUGCCCCUGGCCUGGUAUCAUGUCACAGACAGCAGAUGUCUGCUCUCAAGGUUCCCCUGUGCUGAAGGAAAAAUGUACUGCAGUAAUGUUUCAUGGGAAUGAGGUAUUGCUUGCAAAAGCAAAAAGUGUUUUAUUAAUGAAAAAUACGGUGUCAUGUCUUCAUCUUAUUUGUAUGCAUAAAUGUUUUUUCUUAAUUUUAUAUGUUUUUUUUAACACAAAAUACAUCUAUUUAUGAUAGUAGCUGAAUGAUUGAUUAUUUUUGCAUUUACCAUUAAGUAUUAAGUCAGUGCCAGGCAUCUUCACUGGUGCCUGCUUCACUCAGUGUCAGUUGGGGACCUCCCUCCACCUUCAGGUCCUUUUCAUUCAUAGUUAACUGUGCUUUGUUUCAUAUUGUGACAUAAGGCAAUGACUAUAAAUAAAGGUCUGUUUUGUCACAAAUGUGAUGCCUGCUGCAUAGUUACCCCAGUUUGAGGUCCUAUCACUUUUGCCACCUUUGAUAACCUCCACCUCUAGACUUUGCUGUAUUCCUACCUUACUUGGUCUUCAUGAUGUCAGUGUAGAUAGAAGCAAUAAUCUCAAAUAACA